AGGAAGUACUUCUUUGAGCGUCGCAGCACUGCUUAUGUCAACACAACAUGGCAGAACUAUAGAAGGUUACUAGCAGGUAUUAAUAGGACAUAUUCAAGGAGAAACGUCCAAAACAGUUGACUAAAACUAUCUUUACCUUGGGAAUUAUUUCAAAUGUCGGACACAUCUUGAACUACGUAUUGAAACCAUAAUGCACAGCCUAGCAAAAGCGGCUUUGGUCCGAAAUAAGUUCAUUCAAUUACAGCAACUGUCUUCUGUCAGUCGCAUCCUCGGUCGUAGAGCAGUGGGUACCGACACCGGAGACAAGGAUGAAGUUUAUGAUGUCGUUAUAUCCGGAGGAGGAAUGGUUGGAUCCGCCAUGGCAUGUUCCUUGGGCAUGCAGCCCAAUCUAGAGGGGAGAAAGAUUUUGCUGCUUGAGGCGGGCAACAAGAAGGUGAUGGACAGAGUUCCUGACACCUACAGCACCAGAGUGAGCUCCAUCAGCCCCGGUUCUGCCACCCUCCUCAACAGCAUUGGAGCGUGGGACCACAUCAUGAAAAUGAGGUGCAAACCGUAUCAAAAGAUGCAGGUUUGGGAUGCCUGCUCGGAUGCCCUGAUUACUUUCGAUAAGGACGACCUGCAGGAUGAGAUGGCAUACAUCGUGGAGAACGACGUCGUUGUGGCCGCUCUCACCAGGCAGCUGGACAGCCUCCCCGACAUCGUGAAGGUCAAGUACCGGUCCAGGGUGGUCCAGUACACCUGGCCCACGCCCUACCAGUCCGACGGCGGCGUUCCCUGGGUCCAGGUCACCUUGGCCAGCGGGGAGACCCUCAGCACCAGACUUCUAAUCGGGGCGGACGGGCCCAACUCCAUGGUGAGACGGGACUCGGGAAUACCCACGGUCAGGUGGAACUACGACCAGUCGGCCGUGGUCGCCGUGCUGCACCUAUCCGAGCCCACAGAGAACAAUGUGGCGUGGCAGAGGUUCCUCCCCACCGGACCCAUCGCCAUGUUACCGCUGUCGGACACGCAGAGCUCCCUGGUGUGGUCCACCAGCCACCGGCAGGCCGAGGAUCUUCUGGCGCUGGAUGACGAGAGCUUCGUGGACGCCGUCAACUCUGCCUUUUGGAGUAACGAGAACCAGUCGGAGCUGGUGGAGACGGCCGGCUCUCUGUUCCGCAACGCCCUGUCGGCGCUGAUGCCAUCUGCCGGCUCGCCGCGCCAGCUCCCCCCUAGCGUGGCGGGGAUCGGACCCAAGAGCCGGCUCUCGUUCCCCCUGGGCGUGGGUCACGCCGCCGAAUACAUCAGGCACCGGGUGGCCCUCAUCGGGGACGCGGCACACCGCGUGCACCCCCUGGCGGGACAGGGCGCCAACCUGGGCUUUGGGGACGUGGCGCUGCUGUCGCAGGUCCUGGGCAGCGCAGCAUUCGACGGGAAGGACCUGGGAGCGAUGCAGCACCUGCUGGAGUACGAGACGGAGCGCCAGCGCCACAACCUGCCCAUGAUGGCCGCCAUCGACCUGAUGAAGCGCCUGUACUCCACCAACGCCGCUCCGGCCGUCCUCCUGCGUACCUUCGGCCUGCAGGCCACCAACAUGCUGCCACCACUUAAAGAGCAGAUCAUAUCUUUUGCAAGCAAGUGAAGAACGACUGCCAGACUCCCAGUGGACUUUGCUCUUUGCGAGUGGAAUGUAAAGGUGUAAAUAAAAUGUUAUUUUACUCACAAA